AGCGCCCGGGGAGGGUGGCUGUGGGCGGCUGCAGCGCGAUGGCGGCGGCGGCCGUGUCGGAGGCUUGGCCGGAGCUGGAGCUGGCGGAGCGGGAGCGGCGGCGGGAGCUGCUGCUGACCGGGCCCGGGCUGGAGGAGCGGGUGCGGGCGGCCGGCGGGCGGCUGCCGCCGCGGCUCUUCACCCUGCCGCUGCUGCACUACCUGGAAGUGAGCGGCUGCGGGAGCUUGCGCGCGCCGGGGCCGGGCCUGGCACAGGGCCUGCCGCAGCUGCACAGCCUGGUGCUCCGGUGCAACGCGCUGGGCCCCGGCCUGAGCCCCGAGCUCGGGCCGCUGCCCGCCCUGCGGGUGCUCGACCUGUCGGGCAACGCGCUGGAGGCGCUGCCGCCGGGCCAGGGCCUGGGCCCUGCCGAGCCGCCGGGCCUCCCGCAGCUGCAGAGCCUCAACCUCAGCGGCAACCGGCUACGCGAGCUGCCCGCCGACCUGGCGCGCUGCGCCCCGCGCCUGCAGAGCCUCAACCUCACCGGCAAUUGCCUGGACUCCUUCCCUGCCGCGUUCUUCAGCCCCGGCGCGCUGCCCCUGCUCAGCGAACUGGCGGCUGCUGACAACUGCCUGCGAGAGCUCAGCCCCGACAUUGCCCACCUGGCCUCGCUUAAGACGCUGGACCUCUCCAAUAACCAGUUAAGCGAAAUCCCGGCCGAGCUUGCCGACUGCCCCAAGCUCAAGGAAAUCAACUUCCGGGGGAACAAGCUCCGAGACAAGCGGCUGGAGAAGAUGCUCGGCGACUGCCAGACCCGGUCCAUCCUGGAGUACCUGCGGGCCGGACGCCGAGGCUGUGGGAAGGGCCGGGGCCGCGAAGGCGCGGAGAAGGACGAGAGCCGCAGGAAGAGGCGGGAGAGGAAGCCCAGGCGGGACGGCGGUGAGGGGGCUGAGCCGGACACGGGAGAUGUAGGUCGGCUGCUGCUCAGGGUCCUGCACGUCUCUGAAAACCCGGCGCCCCUGACGGUCAGGGUGAGCCCUGAGGUCAGGGACGUGCGGCCCUACAUCGUAGGGGCCAUCGUGCGGGGCAUGGACCUUCAGCCCGGAAACGCACUCAAGCGGUUCCUCGCCGCACAGACCAAGCUCCACGAAGAUCUGUGUGAGAAGCGGACAGCGGCCACCAUGGCAACCCACGACCUCCACACGGUCAAAGGGCCCCUGCUGUACGGAGCCCGGCCGCCGCAGGACCUCAAGAUUGUCCCCUUGGGGCGGAGGGAAGCCAAGGCCAAGGAGCUGGUGCGGCAGCUGCAGCUGGAGGCGGAGGAGCAGCGGAAGCAGAAGAAGCGGCAGAGCGUCUCGGGCCUGCACAGGUACCUUCACUUGCUGGAUGGAAAAGAAAAUUUCCCUUGUCUUGUGGACGCGGACGGCGACGUGAUCUCGUUCCCGCCCAUAACAAACAGCGAGAAGACAAAGAUUAAGAAAACAACUUCUGAUUUGUUCCUGGAAGUGACAAGUGCCACGAGCCUGCAGAUCUGUAAAGAUGUCAUGGACGCCCUCAUUCUGAAAAUGGCAGAAAUGAACAAAUUUACUUUGGAAAAUAAAGAGGAAGGAGCACUCUCAGAUACCGAAGCUGACGCAGUUUCUGGACAGCCUUCGGGUCCCAGAACAAACCCAGCUGCCGGGAAGGACGGGCAGUCGCUGCUGGUGGUGGAGCAGGUCCGGGUGGUGGACCUGGAGGGGGGCCUGAGGGUCGUGUACCCCUCCAAGGCCGACCUGGCCACCGCCGCCCCCCACGUGACCGUCGUCCGCUGACGGCCAGGACGCGCUCUGCCCAGCAGCUCCCUGUGUGUCUCGCCCGUUUCACAGAGGUCUCUACGUGGUGACAUCAUCCUCGUUUUCACCUCCGUGUUCUUUGAGAUGUAUGUAUGUGUUCUUUGUUCUGUUUUUCCAGAUGACUCUGUCGUGAGUGAUGCUAUGUUGUCAUUACGGCACCAAACCGAUCUUACCGUUUUUCACUAAAUUAUCUAAACAUCGGAAUUAACUGUUCAAAAUGUUCUGAAUCAUGUAGACACACAGCAAAUAACUCCACUUCAGGAAAAAACACUGUACAGUCGUGCGCCGCAUAGCAAUGUUUUGGUCCGUGAUGGUGGUGGAGCCUGCUGUGUAGACAGACCUGACAGGUGGCCCUCAAUGCUGACACUGCAGACCAAGUGUGGGACUCGGCUGACAGUCAGUCAUGGUGCUGGGGCAUUUGGUUUUCCAUAUGAAAAAACAUAGAUAAAUAAAAAGACAUGCCGUCUGGUUUGUGUAAGUACACAGUAUGGUGUUCACACAACACUGAACAUUUCUGAGGGCAUUUCCACACUCAGCGACGUACGACUGUAAUCGGUUUGAGUAUCCGGUUACAAAUUGGGAAGCUGACUGCCGUGUACUUUCUUGAACUGCACAAUCAUUUUUCUAUGAUGUUCUGUUUAAAUCAUAUUGUGCCCGUUUGGAGCUUGGAAAUGUGCAAGGACAUUGUGUUUUCAAGCUUGCAGUGAUCAUAAUCUUUCUACAAAAACAGGUUUUUUUAAUGUGACUUUAGAGUUGGCAGAAUUGCUUUUCUUAGAAGUGCUGUCGGAGUGCUGCAGCGGGGGUAGAGACGCUUCCAACCCUCCGGCAGGCGGCCCCCCGGGUCUGGAGGCUGCAGCAGGACUUGGCCUGGUGCUGUGGGGCCGCGCAGAGGUGGGGGCUGCCGGGAGGUUCAUCCUUUGCGCAGUAGCACCCGUGACAGACAGAACCCCCCCCCCCAGGUGGACUUGCAGGUUCAACCGGCUCUGUUGGUUGGUAAGUAGUUGUCAGCCAGCCGAGGGACAGUGGCAGUGACCAGAGGACAUGUAGGUUUUCAAGCCAAAAAUCAUAGUGAGCACAUGCCAAAGGAGUGGUUCUUCAGCAUUUUAUAUUCUAGACGUUUCCAGUUUUGUGUGUCUCCCGGUCAUGGACCAUCUGUGUCUUUGCAUGUCUCGUGCAUGUGCCGGAGCACACGCACACACCCUCCCUGGAGGCAGAGUGCGCCUGGGUCCUGAGGACCCGGCCAGCCCCAGAGGAGGUGGCUUUCACUGCCCCAUUGCCUUACAACCUGGCUGCCGCGUGCGAAACUGCCUGUCCUGCUGUUGUUUGUUAAUGAGACCGUUUGUCUCCUGUUCAGUGGUUUUUGACCUAAAAGGAUAAUUUCUGUGUUCUGUAGAAAUGACCGAUGAUUUUUUGGAGCAUUUGCAAGAGCCCAGACCAGAGAGGCCUGGGGUUUCAGGCGGUGGGCAAACUGACAGUGCUCGGUGCUUUGUCCAUAGCCUGUACGACACAGGCUGGGCCGCCUCGAGACCCCGCCCUGUCGCCAGGUCACCACCAGGCCUUCCGUCAGUCCCGCUGGGGGGCUGCUGAGCUCCGCGCCUGGCCAGCUACGGCAGACGCCAGCUUUGCUGUCUCUGUGUUGUUGCCCCCAAACCCACCCCAUGUCUGCAUGUGUUGGUGGCCCCGGCUUGUCAUUUCCUGACGCUCUGUUGAGCAGUCAAGGCUGGAGGCUGAGGCAGCAUUCCCAGGCCAGGACUCUGCCUGAGCUCAGCACCUGGGGGCCACGGAUAGUCGCUCCGGGGGUCGCCCUUCUCUGCAUGGCCCAGUACAGCACGGGACGGUGAGAGGCCCUCUUGGCACCCGGGGACUGAGGGCUCAGCGCCUCAUUGCAACAGAUACCACCUCACUGAUGACAAGCCACCAGCUCCUGCCAUGCUCGUUCCUGAUGCGGCGGUUAUGUGUUUGAUUUUGGAGACAUAUUUAACUUGCAGCAGAAACCGCUUUGAGGUUCUUUUUCUUGCCCAUCUGACUGCUAAUAAAAACAUUUCAUAACAUCUCA